AUGCCGUCUACAGCUCUGCGCCUGCGGACCCUCGGCGCCUUUGCGCGCCAUGCGACAAAUCCCACUGCUGUCUUGUCCAGGUCAUUUUCCGCCACUGCCCGCCGAGCUGAGAUCAACAAGGUGCUGCCCUCCGCCGCCGAGGCCAUCAAGGACCUCAAGGCCAACUCGACGCUACUGUGUGGUGGAUUCGGUCUAUGCGGUGUCCCCGAUACUCUGAUCGACGAGGUCCUCAAGAGGCCCGACAUCACCGGCCUGACAGCCGUCUCGAACAAUGCCGGCACCGACAACUCCGGUCUCGGCAAGCUCCUCAAGACAAAGCAGGUCAAGAAGAUGAUUGCUAGCUACAUUGGCGAAAACAAAACGUUCGAGACAAUGUACCUCACCGGCCAGGUUGAGCUAGAGCUGACCCCCCAAGGAACCCUCGCAGAGCGAUGCGCAGCCGGUGGUAAAGGCAUUCCUGCUUUCUACACGCCCGCGGCCUUUGGAACUGUCGUCCAGACCGGCGAUCUGCCGCUAAAGAACAAGCCCGACGGCUCACCGGACGUGUACUCUUACCCCAAGGAUGUCAAGGUGUUCAAUGGCAAGCCAUACCUCCUCGAAGAGAGCAUUGCCGGCGAUUAUGCCUUUGUCAAGGCGUACAAGGCCGACAAGCUCGGCAACUGUCAGUUCCGCCUGGCGGCCAACAACUUCAACGGCGCCAUGGGCCGCAACGCCAAAGUCACCAUUGUCGAAGCCGAGCACAUUGUGGAGCCGGGCGAGAUUCCUCCCGAGGCCAUCCACCUGCCCGGCAUCUACGUCAAGCGCGUGAUCCAGAGCACCAGCCCCAAGAAUAUCGAGAAAUACACCUGGGCCAAGGAGGAUACCGAUGCCGACGCCAAGGCCGUCCUGGGGACGGGUGAGACUGCGGCCAAGAGGGAGCGAAUUGUCAAGCGAGCAGCAAAGGAGUUCAAGAACGGCAUGUAUGCCAACCUGGGCAUCGGCAUGCCCAUGCUUGCGCCCGGCUUUGUCGGUCCCGAGGUCGAGGUCCAGCUGCAGUCCGAGAACGGUAUCCUGGGCCUUGGCCCCUACCCAAAGAAGGGCCAAGAGGACCCCGAUUUGAUCAAUGCCGGAAAGGAGACAGUCACCCUCAAGCCCGGUGCCGCGGUAUUUGGCAGCGAAGAGAGCUUCGGCAUGAUCCGCAGCGGCAGGAUCAACCUGACCAUCCUCGGUGCCAUGCAGGUCAGCGCAACUGGCGACCUGGCCAACUGGAUGCUGCCGGGCAAGGUCAAGGGCUUUGGAGGCGCCAUGGACCUUGUGAGCAACCCCAGUGCCACCAAGGUCGUGGUGACCAUGGAGCAUACCGACAAGAAGGGAAACCCCAAGAUUGUCAAGCAGUGCGCAUUCCCGCUCACUGGCCGCGCGUGCGUCUCUAGAAUCAUUACCGAGCUGGGUGUUUUUGAUGUCGACUUUGCCCAUGGCUUGACCCUGGUCGAGAUCGCAGAUGGAGUGACGGUAGACGAGAUCAAGAGCAAGACGGAGGCGCCCUUCACGGUCGCUGAGGACCUGAAGCCCAUGCUAUAAAUGGUCGCUACUGAUGGGAGGUUGGGGUUGUAUCUGUUACAGCACUACGAGGCAAGGUGCUAAUGUGUGUAUAUAUACCAAAAAACUGGCGGUUGUAAGACUGAUGGGGGAUGCUGCAUGAACCGGCACAGGUUUGCUGUGCCCGGAUACCAGCACAGGCGUUCGGGGGAGGAGAUAGAGUAAGACAGCGUUGAUUUAUCCGCAUGAACAAUUGUG